CUGAAUCAGUCUUUUCUCGUACCUGCAGCGAGUUGGAUAUCUCCGUCGUCGGCCGGCAACCGCGCUCCGAGCGGCGCGUAUCUGCGGAUCUCUAAUAAUUGUUUUCGUUAAUCAGUUUGUUUAGUGAAUAAAUAAUAGUAUCGGAACUAACAAACCCGCGACUGCUGCAGUUUGACUGAGGGAAAUAUAUAUCUAUCUAGAGGAAACUGCACAGACAGCAAAGUAUCUCGCGAAAUACCUGCAAAUAUUCCAACAAAUAGUAGAUAAAAGAGCAACAGAAAUUAUUACGAAAAUGCGCCUAGAAAAUUAAGAAAUAAAGAGGCACGAAUAUAUAUAUAUAUAUAUUUCGAUCGCAGCGUAGCGAAGAAAGUAUUCGUUGUUUAUUUAUGUAUGUUGUGCGUGUGUGAGUGGGGGGCACAAACAGCUGUGGGGGCAACAAAAGCAACAACCGCAGCGAAUAUCCCGAAUAUCUUCAGCAGCCGCCAGCGACAACUGUUUUGAAAUUCCAAAAAAUCUCCGUGUUCUCCUCCACAAGAACUGGGAAUUUACUCGCCUUGACAGAGGUAGAUGCGCUAAUGUGGAAAAAACUUCCGUUGUUGUUGUUGGUUUGAAAUAAAAACAAUAGUUGCAAAAAUACGCUCGCUCAGGCCAAGCGCCAUUGUGAUUGUGAUUAGUUGGAAUAAAGCCCAUCCCCGCCCGCGUCAUGUACUUACGGGAAAUGCUAUUGCUGGCCUGCCUGGUGCUGCUGUUUGGCGGGCUGCCGCAUCUCACGUCCACCACCACAACCACCACUCUUGUGGCUGCCAUGUCCAUCGCCAACCAGGACUUGGAGCGCUACUUUAGGCCGGGGAACGGCACCCACAGCUUUGCCGGCAUCGAGGACCGUAUUGCAGUGGAUGUCUACAACUAUGCCUUCCUUAACUGGUCUUACGUGGAUCACAGCAACAUCUUGUGCAGCAUGGACUUUCCGCAGGAGCAGGCUCGCUACGGGGAGGGGAAGGUGCUGAACAUCACUGGGCAUCUGGUGCACAUCAGCGCCACGGACAAUGUCAACGACGAUUUUGCCUGCACGCCCUACAUCAGGGGCACCAUGGGAGCCGCCAUACCCGUAAAGGGCGUGACCUGGAUUGCUUUGGUUCGGCGUGGACGCUGCACCUUUGAGGAAAAGGUCAAGCAUGUCUACCAGCAAAACGCCGCCGGAGUCAUUAUCUACAAUGACAAGCAGGUGAUGCAGCUGGAGAAGAUGCAGAUCAAGGGCAAGACAAGAAACAUAGCUGCGGUCAUAACAUAUCAGAAUAUUGGACAGGACCUGGCCAUGACGCUUGAUCAGGGCUACAACGUGACAAUUUCCAUUAUCGAGGGUAGGCGGGGAGUUCGCACUGUCAGCAGCUUAAAUCGAACGUCAGUGCUAUUCGUGUCCAUAUCCUUCAUUGUGCUGAUGAUUAUCUCGCUGGUCUGGCUCAUCUUCUACUAUAUUCAGCGGUUCCGGUACAUGCAGGCGAAGGACCAACAAUCGCGCAAUCUUUGCUCUGUCACCAAAAAGGCCAUCAUGAAGAUACCAACGAAGACGGGGAAGAUCAGCGACGAGAAGGACUUGGACAGCGACUGCUGUGCUAUAUGCAUUGAGGCCUACAAGCCGACGGACACCAUUCGGAUAUUGCCUUGCAAGCACGAGUUCCACAAAAACUGCAUCGAUCCGUGGCUAAUCGAGCACCGAACCUGUCCCAUGUGCAAGCUCGACGUGCUCAAGUUCUACGGAUAUGUGUUUCUAGGCAGCGAGGAGAGCAUCCUGGAAUAUCAGCCAGACCCGCCAGAGCGGGUGGCAAUAGUGGAAGCAGGCGGCGCCUCUGUCCUCGAGCCCGUGGCCGCACAAGCCCCAGCUCGGCCCAGCGCUCUGGCAGAUCUCAUUCGCAGCCGCGACUUCGUGAUUGACUUUCCUCGGGUAUUUGUGUUGGAAAGCGGCAGUGUGGUGGGAGCUCGUGAAGUGCUCUUCCCCAGCCGAUUGCCCGAGCGAUCUCAGAGCUCCUUGUCGCUGAGGCAAGCCCGCGACUGGAUGAGCCUGAUGAGCAACAAGCUGGAGGAACAGCAGGGUCUGCGACGUCUGCGCAAGGACGAGAUGCAGCAGCAACUUCUUAGUGCGCGGGAAUCGGCCCGCCACCGGCGCUCUAGAUCUGCAGAUGGGCGGUACUCAACCGGAUGCUUUGGUGGCCGCCAACGCCAGCCCUCUGUGCAGGGGUCGGCAGUCCAAGGACAGCCGCAACUCCAGGCGGUGGUGGAUGUCCCCCAGAUGCGGCGCACCAGCUCCUCGCAGACCCUGCAGCAGCUGACGGACGCUUCCUACGCCCAGUCCCGGCAGAGGCAGCGCGAGGCCUUUGACUUUGCCAGGACUCGGCGUCGCUUCAUGAGGCGCGAGAGCGACGAGAUAUCCUUGCGCUCCCUGGCCAGGCAUCCUGCUGCACCUCAGCCGCCCCACCGGGCGAGAGAGGCCGAUGGAAGCGGCCACAGUGACCAGAUCACCAUUCAAGUGAAUGGCGAAGGUGUCCACCUCAACGAGUGAUUGUAAUUGCUUACGCU